CGCAUGCGCACCAAAACCUCAACUGACUGGAGCGACGUCUCCUUCUUGCUAGUAUCGGCUAGGCUAAUAAUCGCCUCCUCCUCCUUAGAAGCAGUCCGCUUCCAAAAUGUUCUGUAUCCGCGCUCGGCGACGAGGAGAGCGGGGCGGCCGCCAAGCGGAGGGCUUGACAUCGCCGCGUUGUUGACGUCCUCUCCCCGCCCCUCCUCCGCCUCCCCCAUCACCGCCGCCACGCUCAAACUGGAGUUUUAUUAUGCUCUCGCGAAAGAAGAGUAAAAGCGAGUCGUCGAAGCCGGCCGAGGUCCACGGAAAGUAUGUGAAGAAGGAGACGUCGCCGCUCCUCCGAAAUCUUAUGCCCUCAUUCAUCCGUCAUGGCCCCACCAUCCCCCGCCGCGCCGACGUGCCAAUGCCCGACAUGGGACCCUCCGCUUUCCCGGCGUCCCCCGGCCGGGAGCCAGCGUUGUCCCGCAGCAAGAGCUUCCUCCGCACCGCCGUGCCACGUCCGCCGCACGAGGCGGCCCGCCGCGAGAGCCAUCGCUUGUCCGCGCCGCCGUACCUGCCACGCAGUCUCGGCGAGCUGCCGCACGAAUACGCCGGCUCGCUGCAGUCCUUCCUGACGGACGGCGGAGCCGUGUCGGAGAACGGCGACGCCGGGCUCUACUACUACCACCCGCAGGAGGCUUCCUACUACGACGGGAGGCAGCAGCAGCAGCAACCUCGGAGGAUGCCGGAACGCUUCCCGGAUGACUACCACUACUAUGAGCAUGGAGAACCCAACUUCCAAAGAGUUCCGCGGCAACGCACGCCCCCCGCACCCAGCAGACCCCCUUCAGGCAUAGGUCGAAUCCAGGCCAAGUCACUGGGGAACCUUUCCAGCCUGACUGCAGAGGACCUGCCCCUCCCCACCGGCUGGACCGUGGACUGGACCAUCCGCGGCAGGAAGUACUACAUCGACCACAACACUAACACCACGCACUGGAGCCACCCGCUGGAGCGCGAGGGGCUCCCGCCGGGCUGGGAGAAGGUGGAGUCGGCCGAGUUUGGCGUCUAUUACGUGGACCACAUCAACAAGAGGGCGCAGUAUCGCCACCCCUGUGCUCCUAGCGUGCCGCGCUACGACCAGCCGCCGCCUCUGCCGCCUCCGCCCAUCACCUAUCAGCCGCGGCCCACCGAGAGGAACCAGCCGGUGCUGGUGCCGGCGAACCCCUACCACACCGCCGAGAUCCCGGACUGGCUGCAGGUCUACGCCCGCGCCCCCCUCAAGUACGACCACAUCCUGAAGUGGGAGCUCUUCCAGCUGGCCGACCUGGACACGUACCAGGGCAUGCUGAAGCUGCUCUUCAUGAAGGAACUGGAGCACAUCGUCAAGUCGUACGAGGCGUACCGCCAGGCGCUGCUCUCCGAGGUGGAGGCGCGCAAACAGCGGCAGCAGUGGUACGCCCAGCAGCCCCCCGGCAACAGCUUCAUGUGACCAAAACGCCCCUCUUCGCCUCGUGUGCCUUUGCCUCUUGAUCCAAAUAUGUAUCACAAGAAACACUCAGAUGAAGAAGCUACCACCUGGGAGGACUGGCAAAGCAACCUUGUGCCUUUUUUUGCUUUUUGAAACGCUGAACCAAAAGGCAGCAAUUGCAACACAGACGUGUUGGACGACUUUUUUUGGCCCCCCCUUUUUUUGUAAUGAUUUUUUCAAGGCAAGCCACCAAAACCUGUGCGAUAUUUAAGGAAUGCAUAGGAUGGCAUUUCUUUUAAGGAAAAGCAUCACCUCGGAAAGAUUAUAAGCUACUGGAACUUUAGGAAACACUUUUUCAUUCAAAAGACUAAAAAAAAAAAAAAAAAGUUCUAUUUUUUUUGUCAAGAUGCUAACUGUUACACCUUUUAUAUGAUAUUCAGAAAUGUCUCAAAGCCAUACGUUGCUGGUCGGACAGUACUUUAAUGCCAGCAAGAAAAUGAGAAAAUAUCUUAUUUUAAUAUAUAUCUGAAAAUUUCUAUGCAGGUUCCGCCCAUUUCCACGGUUGGGAUUGUGUACGAAAAAUGGUUUCUCUGUAAAUUUGAUUAUGGUGGAAAAUUAAAUUCAGAGGUUCAAUUUGAAACUCUGGUUCACUACA